AUGUCUUCUUCUCAGUUGCAAGAACAAUUGGAAAAGAAACUAAUAAAUUUUAGGCAACUUCAAACUGAUUAUCAAAAAUGUUUGUCUACCCGAACUCAACUGGAAGCACAACUAACAGAAAAUCAACUUGUUCAAGAGGAAUUAAGUUUUCUUCAAGAUGAUGAUGUUAUAUACAAACUUAUUGGGCCUGCACUCGUCCAACAAGAACUCAAAGAAGCACAAGAAACUGUGAAUAAUAGACUGAAAUUUAUUACUAGAGAAGCAGAACGUUACGAAAAGCGGAUAACUGAGUUGCAAAAGAAACAAGAAGAAGAACGUAAUAUGAUCAACGCUCUCCAGGAAAAGCUUCAAGUCAACUGAAUUUUUCAAUAGAAUUAUGAAUGCCAUAUUAUUUUUAAAA